AUGGAGAAAUUUGCUUCCGUCGCUGCUCUGUUACUGCUCCUCUGUUUUCCGGUGGCUUACUCCGGUCAUGAUUACGGCCAAGCUCUUUCCAAGAGUCUUCUCUUCUUCGAAGCUCAGAGAUCUGGUGUUCUCCCUCGUAACCAGAGAGUCACUUGGCGUUCUCACUCCGGUCUCAACGACGGCAAAUCAAGCGGCGUGAAUCUGGUCGGAGGUUACUACGACGCCGGAGACAAUGUGAAAUUCGGACUUCCGAUGGCUUUCACGGUGACGAUGAUGGCAUGGAGCGUCAUUGAAUACGGCAAUCAAUUAGCUUCAAGCGGCGAGCUUGGCCACUCAAUUGACGCCAUUAAAUGGGGCACUGAUUACUUCAUUAAAGCCCAUCCUGAGCCCAACGUAGGAGAUGGAAACACCGACCAUUACUGUUGGCAGAGACCGGAAGAAAUGACGACUGACCGGAAAGCUUACCGGAUAGAUCCGAGUAAUCCCGGGUCGGAUCUCGCCGGAGAAACAGCAGCCGCCAUGGCCGCCGCUUCAAUCGUCUUCCGCCGAUCUAACCCAGCUUACUCUAGGCUACUACUCACUCACGCUUAUCAGUUGUUUGAUUUCGCCGACAAGUACAGAGGAAAAUACGACGGUAGUAUCACCGUCGCUCGGAAAUACUACGGAUCAGUCAGUGGAUACAAUGAUGAGUUACUUUGGGCAGCUGCGUGGUUAUACCAAGCUUCGAACAACGAGUUCUACUUGGACUACUUGGGUCGUAAUGGUGACUCCAUGGGUGGAACCGGUUGGUCCAUGACCGAGUUCGGUUGGGAUGUUAAAUACGCUGGUGUUCAAACCCUUGUAGCCAAGUUCUUGAUGCAAGGCAAAGCAGGACGACACACGCCUGUGUUCCAGAAGUUUCAACAGAAAGCUGAUUCCUUUAUGUGUUCUUUGUUGGGUAAAGGCUCGAGGAACGUUCAGAAGACACCAGGUGGUUUGAUUUUCAGACAACAUUGGAACAAUAUGCAGUUUGUCACUAGCGCUUCCUUCUUGACCACUGUUUACUCUGAUUACCUAACUUCUUCAAGAAGCAACUUGAAAUGUUCCUCUGGAAAUGUCGCUCCUUCGCAGCUUCUUUCCUUUGCUAAAUCUCAGGUGGAUUACAUUCUUGGAGAUAACCCAAGAGCUACAAGCUAUAUGGUUGGGUAUGGUAACAAUUUCCCUCAAAGAGUUCACCAUAGAGGCUCUUCCAUUGUCUCUUACAAGGUGGAUCGCACAUUUGUCACUUGCCGUGGUGGAUAUGCCACUUGGUAUGGCCGUAAAGGCAGUGACCCGAACCUCCUCACUGGUGCUAUUGUUGGUGGUCCUGAUGCUUACGACAAUUUCGCUGAUAGGAGAGAUAACUAUGAGCAGACUGAGCCUGCUACUUACAACAAUGCACCACUUCUUGGUGUUCUUGCUCGUCUCAGUAGUGGACAUUCCGGUUACAGCCAGCUUCUUCCAGUGGUUCCUGCUCCUGUUGUCCGAAGACCAAUGCCUAUUCGUAGACCGAGAGUGACUAGUCCAGUCCGAGCUUCUGGUCCAGUGGCUAUAGUUCAGAAGGUGACUGGUUCAUGGGUCUCAAAGGGAAGGACUUACUACAGAUACUCAACAACUGUGAUUAACAGAUCACCAAGAGCUCUGAAAAGUCUCAACCUUUCGAUUAAGAACCUCUAUGGACCAAUCUGGGGACUCUCGAGAUCAGGCAAUUCAUUCGGUUUACCCUCGUGGAUGCACUCAUUACAAUCCGGAAAAUCCCUAGAGUUCGUCUACAUUCACUCCACAUCGCCUGCUUAUGUCGCGGUAUCAAGCUACACAUUGGCUUGA